AUGGUGAUGUACCAUUUGCCAUCGACCCGGCGGACCUUGUCGGUGUCGGUCUGUCGAUCCGUCGCCGAAGCGAGUGACGGUGGUCACCACGGCGUGAUCGGCGUCGGUCUGGUCGACCUUCUCGACCGUGACCGACGUCACCCCGCCCUUCGCCUUGGCCUUCUUGGCCUUGUCACGGGCAUGGGCUGCUUCGGCGGCCUGACCCCGACCGGCCGCCUCCGUCGCAGCUCGAACAGCAUCACGGACCACGGCCGCAGGCGGUCAGCGCCAGAAGUGCGGCGGCUGCGACAAGCGGACGGAUGUGCAUCGUGCGUGUUCCUUCGCGAUCGCGCCCAUCACAGCGUCGGCUACGGCAUGGGCGGCGAUGAAGCCAUCGGCGGCCUGUUCGACCAGCUUGCCCGGCUGCUGGCGCGUUCCGUCCGGCUGCGCGAUCUCGACGGUCCCGCCACGUGGGCCGAGGCUCGCGCUGGCCGGAAGCCAUUCCCGACGCCGCUAACGCGCCGUGAAUGUGUCACCCGUCUGCUCUUCCCGCAGGCGCCCCCACUUCUCGACCAGCAUCCGGCGCCAGUCCGCUGCCGCCGUACCCUGCGGCGCGAGGUACACGAUCGACGACAGGUGCGCCCCGUCCGGCCAGACCAGCGUUUUCAGCAUGUAGCGCCCUCCGGCAUCGUCGACGAGUGUCGCUUCGCCGGACACCCCGCAUGGUCGGCACGCCGGCGGCACCGCCGCGCACGUUGA